CGGACAAUCAACGAGAUAAUACUUUAUAACUGAAUUGUUGAUCGAUGGAGAAUACCCAGGUUUCUGUCUGCGAGUCUAUUUAAUGUACGGAAAAUCAAAUGUAACGUUCAUGUGAAGACAGACAUUACAUAAAGACAUCGACGAAAAUAUUGACAAUAACAAAACCAGAGGUUUAUGAAAUCGAGUACAUGAAAAUCAGGCAGCCAGUGUUGAUUUAUAUAAGACCAAAAUCAGGAAGGACACAUAAAAUGAUUUUGAAAAUUAGUAUAAUCGAAAGUUUGCGGAUUAAGUUCACCGUGACAACAUUUAAGUAUGCGAACCACGCCGGUAAGCGUUCUCCUUCGACGAUGCAACGACGCCGUCCGACAACCGACGGUGAAGAUCGCGAGUUUAUCUCGUCGUUGUUACUCGGCUAACCCAAAACCGGAAUUAACGUCGAUCCGGUACAAAGUACAUCGCGGUCCUUACGCCUCCAUCUCAACCGCCGACGUUCGCUUCUUCGAUGGCUUGCUUGGUUCUAGUCGGAUCAUCACGGACCCAGAAGAAUGUGAAAUGUACAACAUCGAUUUUCCCAAGACGGUGAGAGGUAACAGUCAGUUAAUACUGAAACCGAAAUCUACUGAAGAGGUGUCGGCCAUAUUGAAAUAUUGCAAUGAAAAACGGUUAGCGGUCUGUCCACAAAGCGGUAAUACCGGCCUCGUGGGAGGCAGCACACCUGUGUUCGACGAAAUCGUCGUCUCCAUGAAGCUUAUGAAUAAAAUUUUGGAAACAAAUCAUUUGGCAGGUGUACUGACAUGCGAGGCUGGCUGCGUUUUACAGGAUCUGGAUGAUCAUUUGACUACAGUCGGGCUGAUGAUGCCGUUGGAUCUGGGUGCUAAAGGCAGUUGUUUGAUCGGUGGUUGCGUCUCUACUAAUGCGGGUGGCCUGCGACUUCUGCGUUACGGCAAUCUUCACGGGAACGUUUUGGGUGUCGAAGCUGUGAAGGCAAACGGCGACGUCGUAGACGCGAUGAACACGCUGAAGAAGAACAACACUGGUUAUCACGUCAAACACUUGUUCAUCGGAUCAGAAGGUACAUUGGGAAUCGUCACAAAAGUUGUUAUACAGUGUCCACCAUUGCCUAAAGCUGUGAACGUUGCGUUCUUGGGACUUACGAAUUUCAAUAAAGUGUUGGAAACUUAUCAUCUGGCAAAAAAAGAAUUAGGCGAGAUUCUGUCUUCCUGCGAGAUGAUGGACCGAUUAUCUUUGGAUGUUUCUAUCAAUCACUUGGGCUUGAAAAAUCCAUUAACAAUGCACGAAAAUGGUCACGACUUCUACAUGGUUAUAGAAACUUCCGGCAGUCAUUCGGCGCAUGACGAAGAAAAACUUUCCUUGUUUGUAGAGAAGGCAUUGAAUCAGGGCAUUAUCGAAGAUGGUACUUUGGCUAACGAAACGACGAAGGUCAAUCAUAUAUGGGCCAUGAGAGAGAGGAUCAGCGAAGGCGUCCUGCGUGAUGGCUACGUCUUCAAGUAUGACAUUUCCCUGCCUCUUUCAUCUUAUUACGAGAUCGUCGAGGUAUUACGAGAACGAAUACGCGAUCCUCGAGUUGUCCGGAUAAGCGGUUACGGUCAUAUAGGCGACGGCAAUAUUCACGUACAAGUCUCCAUACCUGAAUAUUACGAGGACAUAGCCGCGCAACUGGAGCCGUUCAUUUUCGAAUACAUCUCUCAGCAUAAAGGUAGCAUUAGCGCCGAGCACGGCAUCGGCUUCAAGAAACCAAAGUACCUUCACUUGAGCAGAAACUCCUCUGAGAUCGAGAUGAUGCACGAUUUGAAGAAACUGAUGGAUCCGAACGGCAUUCUGAACCCGUAUAAAGUUUUACAGCCGGUCACGACAGCUUGAUUAUCACGAUCAAGGCGUGAUGAAUUUUUAAUGUGAUAUGAGAUAUAUAAUGUAAAUAUUCGAUAAGCAAUCAGUUCGAGCUGAAACAUAGGUUCAAUGGGAACUUGGCACUGAUUAAUCUUUCUUAUUCGUCACGAUUAUACAACGUCCUUAAACCGUGUAAGAAAAAUAAGUAGGAGACGAAUGCGUUGAAGCUGUGUCAUUACUUACAGUUACUUCAAUUAACCAUUUGAAAAAAUGCUGACGUAUCAUUGUAGGCUAUUAAUAUAAUAGUAUUUGGCGUUAUAUUGCGCUGAUGUCACACGCAAUGUUUGGUAAGGAAUUUCUUGGCUGCUUUUCAUUUGCCAACAAAAGCAAGUGAAGUGUGACUAAUACCUCAAAAUAGAUAUGCUACAUAAAUGGCAGCAAUUGCGAGAAUAGUGAGACAUAUAUUUUCAAGUGAAAUACUCUGUUGUUACGCUCAAUUUGAUAUUUAAUAUAUAAUUUAAAUAUAUGAUAUUCGCGUAUGUACUCCAUUUAAAACUUGGAAGCAACAUGUAACAAAUGAGAACUCAGAGCAAUAUCUAAAUUUAUACAAAUAUAUAAUAC